CACAGUAUGGCCGGCGAUAUUAGCUAGCACUCGCUAACGGUGUUCUCUGCAAAAGGGAAGACGGUAACUCAAGAAAAUCAACACCCGGAAUUGCUCAAAGGACUGUACCUCAAUAAAUUAUAACCGAUCGAGGAAGGAUUAAUUAAGCUGUAGGCGUUACAAGCGACGUUUAAUAUUUGUGUGUGUGUGUGUUGGGUGUCUGUCGUCUCAUGAUGGAAGAUAACGGUGCACAUUUCUUCGAGGGGACCGAGAAGCUGCUGGAGGUGUGGUUCUCUCGGCAGGAUGAGACCAAAGGAACCGGGGACCUCCGCACCAUCCCAAGGUUUGAGUGGGACAAACUUCUGGAGAAUGUGCAUUGUUUGAUCAUAAGUGUGACAAAGACGGACAAGCAGGAAGCUUAUAUACUCAGUGAGAGUAGCAUGUUUGUCUCCAAGAGACGUUUCAUUUUGAAGACAUGUGGAACCACCCUCUUACUGCAAGCACUGGUGCCUCUGCUGGAACUCGCCAGGGAGUACUGCGGCUUCGAUACCAUCGAGAAUUUCUUCUACUCCCGCAAAAACUUUAUGAAGCCAACCCAUCAGGAGUUCCCUCAUCGAAACUUCCAGGAGGAAGUCGACUUUCUCAGCCAGAUUUUCCCAAAUGGUGCAGCCUACUGUAUGGGACGUUUGAACUCUGACUGCUGGUACCUGUUCACCCUGGACCUACCAGACUACUGGGAGAACAAGCAUGCGGAUCAGACGCUGGAAGUUCUGAUGAGCGACCUUGAUCCAGCUAUUAUGGACCAGUUCUACAUGAAAGAUGGUGUUUCUGCAAGUGAAGUCACUCGUAUGAGUGGGAUUUGUGACCUGAUACCAGGUUCUGUGAUCGAUGCCACAAUGUUCAACCCUUGUGGAUACUCAAUGAAUGGAAUGAAGACUGACGGAACUUACUGGACCAUCCACAUCACCCCAGAGCCAGAGUUCUCCUACGUCAGCUUCGAAACCAACCUCUCCCAGACGUCGUACGAUGAUCUGGUCAGGAAGGUUGUGGAGGUGUUCAAACCAGGAAAAUUUGUGACUACGCUUUUUGUCAAUCAGAGCUCCAAAUGUCGCAGCGUGUUUUCUUCUGCCCAGAAACUCGAGGGCUACAAGCGUCUCGAUCGCCAGUUGGCUCAGUUCAACGAUUACAAUUUUGUCUUUACAAGCUACACCAAGAACCGCCAGCAGAACCAGCAGAGCUGAGGGUUGAGGAUGAAGAAGAGGCGCAAAAAGAAAGGAGUCCGUUUGGGGCUCCUCCCUUGUAGCCGGCUUCACCCCCCAGUAGAGAGCUUGUCGUCUUCCCUUUCCUCUUCCUCCCCCCUCCUCCCUCUCUGCUGCUGUCGUCGCCCCGAGUCUCCUGGCGGCGCCGCGGCCCCUAGUUUAACCUCCAGUUUGAGUUGUUUGCAUUGUUGUACCUGUGACUUAGAUCUCUUGCAUGAAAGCUCUUUUCUCUGUUUCGAUAUUCUAGCUCACUCUUGCUGUGAUCUUGAAGUGCAUGUAGAGGAAUUAAACACGCUCUGUUUGAGGCUGUCCACCUGUGCCCAGUACAACGGUCCCUUCCUGCAGGUCUCUCCCCUCAUCCCCCACAGACAAGGCUUCCGCCCACACUAGGCCAGGGCCCUGACAUGCUCAGAUCCGUCUGCCUCUUAUGAUCAGCUCGUCCAGUAGUUAAAACUUCCAAUUUGACCCCAGCAACUAAUUAACUCUCCAGUGUGACAGUUUGGAUUUCUGAAUCACUACCAGUAUUUGAGUGCACUUUAAACAAAACUGUUUAUUCAUGGUACGAAAAGAAGGAUGACCUUCUUGUCUCAAGUCUGAUUGAAUGUAUAAGUCGCGGUGAGCUUUUUGGCGUCAGCGGGACACAUGCCAUGCUUCCUGUUGAAUGUUGCACUAUUGGAUCAAAGGUUUGCAUCUUAUUGGUCAGUGUGUGGUCUUUGGUUGCUGUAAACUGCACUAAAGCAGAAGAUCUCUGCUUUGCUGGGCUUUGAAGCUCCAUUUUAUUUUUUCUCCCUACAAGACUCACCUGUGCUCCUCCACGUCAACAAUCAUAGUGUUUCUGACAGGCUUUUAUGCCUUGACAGUGUAUGCGUAUGAAUCUUUUAAGACAUUCAAAAUGCACACCUUGUUAGACCCAUGCUUCUUUUUUAUUUUUUUUCUUAUUUGAAACACAUUGGUCUGUUUCUAUAGGAAGCUUCUGGGUCUUUAAAAUCCUCCCCUCCCCUAGUCAUAUUCAGCAAUCAAAAUUUUCACCCAAAUUGGUUCAAACUGAAUGUAGCACCGGCCGUGCAACGUCCACCCGUCUUUCGAAUGUACAUGUCUCUAGAGAAAAGCCUGGACCAGGUUUGAGCUGAAUGUACGACUCCAGGAGAGCACGCCUCCACCUCCCUCCCACAUCCACACAGCUCACAAUGCCCUCUGCUGACCAGCCAUCCCCCCCCCCCCAACUCACCACAACCAGCGGAGUCAGACUGGCCCCAGAACCCUGACACUGUUGAGAGCCGGCCCUCCUGGCUGCGCUCUGAAUGGGAAAUAAUGAAUCGGACACUUUUUGCUUAGUUGCCCAGCAAAGCAUUUUUCUUUUUGCCACAUAAUAUCCAUCCUCUCUCUGUCUCUUUCCGCCCCAUACAGAAAUCUGUAAGCGCACAAUAGAGGCCCACCAGUCUGAGCAUGCCAGGGUGAUCCCGGAUCAUUCCACAUGUAACCGCUGCAUAAACUGCCAUUUUAUUAAAUUUAUUGUGCCCAGACGUUUUUUGCAGUGAAUCAGUCGAAAAUGUGACUCCCCUAGCAGUUUUAUUUUUUUCUUUUUUGUUCGCAUCAAUGCCCUUUGUUCAUCGAGGGGGAAAAUCCUGUGACACUAUGGUGCAUGUGACUGCUAGUGCCGUGUUGCUUGACAGUGUAGUGUAGCGCCGUCUCUUCCUCCUUUUUUCUUUUUUUUUUGUCAGUAGGUCUGUGUGCUUCACCUUCCUCUUGUUUUACCAGCUGAAAGCAUUGUUGGAACUGCCGCAUCCUGAUACGUUUUGGAUAGGCGGGGAUUUUUUUCUUUUUCUUUCAGGGGUUGGGUUAACUUGUAAUUAAUCUUGUUUCAAACUGUGGUUAAAAAGUGCUGAAAGCAGGUUAGGUUUGUCUUCACCGCCUGCCGUUCAGUUUAGUGGCGUUUGCAUUUCUUCUCCUGCCAGAAGAUGCAACUUGAAUUUUUUUGAAGACAUGGCAGGAGUGUUAACCUGCUUUCAACACUACAAUGCAGUAUGAUCUAUUCUCUAAAUAUGUGCAGAUUUUAUCACCUGAGGCACUUGGCACGCUAGUUGGACCAGUAAAAGAAGUUGUUCACGUAAGAGCUGGAACUUGGAAUAGUUUCCCUCUAGUUUGUCUCUUAUGGCUUUUUGGAGUGGUUUCAUUCAUUUCCUGAGGACCAAUAUCUGCUUUUACAUGAACUGACAUCAACUUGCUGUCAAGUGACUUUUACAGGGUGAUCUGCUAUUUAAGAAUUGAAACUAGCACUGUUCAUACUCAAGGAUUUCAAUGCUAAUUGUCGUUGGAUUAAGUACAUUUUAGCCUUGUUGGUGUGGAUCAUUGCUAUUUUGUUUUUAUUUUUAUACAGUGAACUCAAAAUGUAUUUUUGCAGUUGAAUUGUAAUAGAAUUUUAUGCAAAAAAUAUUUUGUAUUUCUGCUGCGGACCAAUCUUUUUCUUUUUCUUUCUUCCCUUUGUGUCCAAAUGUGUAUUUUGUUGUGUUCCAAAACAACUUUGUUCUGAAGUUAAGGAAUGACAUUUUCAAAGUUGACUAAAUCAUGUUCUUAUAUAUUUUAUCUCUUUCCUUUCCUUUGUGAAUCUUUCUAAGGAAGGGAAAGUCAGAACAGCCUCCCCCCCUGGGUGAGAGAGGGUGCAGUUGCAGGAUGUAUCAGGAUGUACUGAAAGAGAAACUUUGCUGUUCUAAUUCUUUCUUUUGCUGUUCUUUGGAUGGUCAAGAUGUGCUAAAUAUAUCUGUGCUACGAGCUUGAUGCUUAAAUAAAAGAUACUUAUCUGUGCAGUCA